AUGAACCCUCCCAACUUGACCCCCGAAAACAACCCACAGCAGCAACAGCAGCAACAGCACUACACCAUCACACUCUACACCGCCGCAACGCUGCCGCCCACCCUCUUCACGCAAUGCUUCCAGCUCAUCGAAACCACCUCGGCAGACGCCUACCGCGCCUCCUCAAUCGGCUGGUCCUCCCCCAAAAAACGCAAGGAGAUGCAGCUGCCCGACAUCAAGUAUCUGAUUCUCCGGCGCGCCACGCCCCAGUCCCGGGAGACGAGUCCCGAAAAUGAGCAGGAGGACGAGGAAGUGCUCGGCUUCCUCUCGUUCAUGGUCACGUACGAGGACGGGUUCGAGGUGGUCUACUGCUACGAGGUGCAUCUGGCGGCGAGCGUGCAGCGGCAGGGGCUGGGCGCACAGCUGAUGCGGGUGUUUCUGCGGAUCGGGGAGCGGCUGGGGAUGGCUAAAGCCAUGUUGACCGUCUUCCGGGCGAAUGGGGCGGCGAUCCGGUUCUACGAGCGGUUGGGGUUCGGGGUCGAUGAGAGCUCGCCCCGGCCCCGGCGGUUGAGGAAUGGAACAGUCAAGGAUUCCGAUUAUCGGAUUCUCUCGAGGGAGUAUGCGAGAGAGUGA